CUCGACUACCAUCCAAACUUGAACACCAACCGGAUAUCGCCGUUAAAUCUGAUCAGUCUUAAGCACAAUACCGCCAUGGUGCAAGAAUCACGAGCACCAGCUUCAAGCAGCGUCUAUGCAUUGACACGAACAACUGUCCAGCCCAACAAAAGGCCACCAACUCCUUGUUGAUCGUGUGGCCAAUGGUAUUACGCUCGCUUUCGUGCUUUCAAGAAACAUCAUUGCUAGUAGUGUCAGCGAUGAGGCCACAUUGAAGGCUUCUGUCGUUCCAUAAAUGCUUGGAAACCAACCAUGCAAAGGAGCGUCCACAGUUCCGCCACAGAAAUAUUCAAAAGGAAACCAUACAGAAAACAUCUUCGGUCACAUUGUGUGUUUGCAACCUUCAAACUCGAUUUCCAAUCCAGAAGAAAGUACUUAGCAGUCCUUGUCAGUGAUAUCCCAGUCCGCCUCCAGCUUGACACAGCUUCGGACAUUACGUUGAUCUCACGUUCCACCUGGGACUUAAUCGGUAAACCAGAAUUGUCAACCACCAAUCAUCAUACACGGAAUGCAUCCGGUAGUACUUUACUAUUGACUGGAGAACUAGUCUGUUAUGUGUUUUCCAACAAUGUGCAGUUCUCAGAAACAUGCUGUAUUACCGAUUCUCCCAAUUCAGACUCAUCUGGACUUGAUUGGAUUGAUAUACUUGGACUCCUCGAUGUCCCGCUUUCGUCCCUAUGUAACACUACGCAUUUGACCUCAACUCCACAGAUCGCGGAGCAACUUACAAACGAUCUUUAAGGGGAUGAGACUAAACCGGAAUUUAUCGAAAUCUUCUUGCUGAGUUAGAUGUUAACGCCAAAUAGAUACCCACCAGCAGAAGCUUUGAUGAACCGGAAGCUACGCUUACCCCUCGAUGUUAU